UCCCAAAAGCUUCCGCGGGUGAGAUCUGGGAGGUGUUGGCCAAACGUCUUAGUAUGUCUUCCUUGAUUGAAGGCCGCUGCGCCACCCGGACGACGCCCCGUCACAAAACGGCGACGCCAAAUAAUCCCGUCAGACUGAGUGCCCUGCCUGCGAGAGAUUGGUAUAAGAACCCAAUGACAGCAAACACCGGGUCAUUUAAAUUGUAUGUACAUCAAUGUAGGAACCUGUAGUUUGAUUUAUUGAAGCUGCUUCAUACCUGGGUAUCUCAACGAUCUUAACCUUCGCUCACCAUUCACAUCAGCCAACAUUGGAGGAUCCAGGACCACGACCAGGCAAGAAACGUUCCAUUACUAGAAAAGCUCGCCAUCAUGGCAACCGAAAGCGCUCGAACGCUCUUCUUCCCGGCCCCGGACCCCCCAACACCCCUCGCCCGCUACCGCAUCCUCUCCCCCAACGCCGCGAUCCGCGUCUCCCCCCUUCAGAUGGGCACAAUGUCCCUGGGAACGGCCUGGUCAGACGGCAUGGGCCCCGUCGAGAAGAACGCCGCCUUCAGCCUGCUGGACGCCUACCUCGACGCCGGCGGCAACUUCUUCGACUGCUCCAACGGCUACCAGCACGAACAAUCCGAGGCCUGGCUCGGCGAGUGGAUGGACGUCCGCGGCGUCCGGGACCGCUGCGUCGUCGCGACAAAGUUCUCGGCCGACUACCGCAUGCACGCCCUCGGUAAAGGCCGCUGCCCGAACGCGGGCGGGAACUCGCGCGCAUCGAUGCACAUGAGCCUCCGCGAUUCGCUGGCCAAGCUGCGCACCGAUUGGAUCGACGUCUUUUAUGUUCAGUGGUGGGAUUAUACCGCUUCCAUCGAGGAGGUCAUGGACGCGUUGCAUAACCUCGUCCAGCAAGGGAAAGUGCACUACCUCGGUAUAUCAAAUUGCCCUGCCUGGGUCGUCAGCGCGGCCAAUACGUACGCGCGCGCGCACGGCAAGACGCCAUUUUCCAUCUACCAGGGCUACUACAGCGUCAUCAUGCGCGACAUGGAGCGGGACAUCAUCCCGAUGGCGCGGCAGUUCGGCAUGGCCAUUGCGCCGUACGGCGCCGCGGGCAUGGGCAAGUUCAAGACACGGGAGAUGAUUGAGGCACGGCGGCGGAGCGACGACGAAGGGCAGGCGUUCCGGCACCUGGCGGACCAGACGGAGACGGAGAUGCGCGUGAGCAAAGCGCUGGCCGAGGUGGCGGAGGAAGUUGGCGUGUCGUCCAUCACGGCCGUGGCGCUGGCGUACGUCAUGGCAAAAGUGCCGUACGUGUUCCCCGUCGUCGGGGGCCGCAAGGUCGAGCAGAUGCUGGACAACAUCGACGCGCUCACGAUUCAGUUGUCAGAGGCGCAGAUUGCGUAUCUCGAGAGCGUGGAGAAGUGGGAGCCUGGGUGGCCGUACGACGUCAUGGGGUGGGAUCCUCAUGUGUCGGGGACGCCGGCACCGAUCAUUGCUGCUUCGGCCAAGGUUGAUUUCGUGAGGCGUCCGAAAGCUAUUGGGUAUUAUAGAUGAGGAGGCAUUUAUUUAGUUGCGUUGUAGGCUCGGUAUUGGGGGCGUUAUGGGGCGUUCCGGCAUGAUUCCGUCCAUUGACGGAGGCUUG